AUGGAAAAAUUAAUCAAAAAUGACAUGAUAAAUAAGGUGAAAAGACAACUUGUUGAGUUAAAAGAAGCCAUAAAGAAAGGACAAUCUCAAAUUGAUAAAGAAAUAGAAAAUUUAAUUGAAGGGAAACCUGAAAAUACGGAAGUUAUUAUUGAACAAAAAUUAAAAGGAAUUGAAGAGAUGAAAAAGAUUAUUGAAGAAUGUGAAAGUUUUAUUCAUGAAGCAAACGAAAUGAUACAAAAAGAGGAAUUUAAUUGUUUUGUUAUGAAAAAUAAAAAAGAAGAAAUUUCCAAAGAAGAAGAAUUGAACAAAAUGAAAGGAUAUGCUCAAAGUAUUAAAAGAAAAGAAGUUCACGAAGAGUUUGAGAAAUAUGAUGAGUUUGUAGUUCACCAAAACGAAGACAGUAAAAAAGAGGAUGAACGGGUUAUGAUUAAUCAACUUCAAAAUGAUUUGAUUGAACAAGCACUUACAAAGUUACAAGAAUGGAGUAAUAAAAAUGAGGUUCAUGUUUUAUUUGAUAGUGAUUUAAAUGAAUGGAGUGAGUAUCAAAACACAGGAUUAUUUAAUAGACCAAGUAUAUUUUUAUUUAUAUUUGAUGAAAAUAAUAAUGUCUUUGGGUGGUAUUUUCCACAAGGGAUAAAUGAGAAUGGAAUUAGAGAAUAUCAAGAAUGUUAUUUACAAAAAGGAACAGAAAAAAUUUUUGAAAUACAAAAAAUCAAACAAAAAGACAUAAAAAUUGGAAGAGGUGAUUGUAUUAUUGAAAUGAAACAAGGAAAUACUAUUGAAACACAAAUAAACUUUAGUUCCAACAAGAAAACAACAUCUUAUUGUUAUGAUUCAUUGUUUAAUGUAGAACGUAUUAUUUGUAUUCAAAUGCUCUGUGAUGAAUGUUUAGAUGUUAUACAAGACAACUUACAACAAUUACAAGAAUGGAGUGGGUUGUAUGAAUGUAGUAGAUUAUAUGAUACAUUAGAAGAUGGUGAAAAUGAAGGAGAAAUGAAAGAAAGAAUAAAUGGAGAGAGUAAUAUAUUUAUUAUCUGCAUAGAUGAAUAUGGGAAUGUUUUUGGGUGUUUUAUUGAAGCAGAAAUAGGAGAUUCAUUACUUUUAAAUUCAAGAAAUCAUUUUUUAUUUGCAUUUGAUAAUACUGAAGAUUUAAGUGGACAUCCUCGUCGAUGGAAAAUGAAAAAAGAGAGAUUAGGAAAAUUAAUUUUAGGAGAUAACGAUAUGUUGUUUUCAUGUGGUGAUGAUAUUUCUCCAUUUGGAAUGUUAAUAAUUUUUAAAACUUCAUUUAGAAGUAGUUUUUGUGCUAGUUUAUCUAAUGUAUAUGAAUAUAUUAAAGAUGAUGAUUUAAAUGGUACAUGUUUUAAUGAUGAAAGGAGAGAUACUUUUAAAGUACAACGAGUUAUUGUACUUAAAAUGAACUAA